AUGAAGUACCUGGUUACGUUCUUGGCUUUCCUCGCCCUCAGCUCGGCCGGAGACGAAGACAAAGUUACACUGGCUAACAACCGUUUCUGCUUCGAGUUACUGCAGUCCCUACAAGGUUCUAUCGAUACAAAUAUAUUUUUUUCUCCGUACAGCGUUUCCACAGCGAUGGCAAUGAUCUACGUCGGCGCGAGAGGCGAGACGCAACGCGAACUGUUUCAAGGAUUGGGCUACUCUGUACCUGGGCUCACGCACGACCAGCUAUUGAGCGCGUAUGGCCCACACACAUCGAGGCUCCAGUCUCUCCAGUCGAACACGACCUUCAAAGUCGCCAAUGCCGUUGCCAUCGACGAAAGACUCGCCAUUGAGGAGUCUUACGAAAACACGUUAACCACCUCGUUCAAGGCAGACCUUCACAAGGUCGAAUUUUUACACGGACCACAAGCCACUCUGAACCUCAUCAACGACUGGGUCAAAGAGAAGACCGAUGGCAAGAUCAUGGGUCUCUUUGACGGCCAGCUAGAUCGCUCGACACGCCUCGUCUUGGUGAACGCCAUCUACUUCAAGGGAUCCUGGAACCGACCUUUUGACAGGAUCCUUACCGAGAAAAGGGAGUUCUUCAAUGGCGGCGAAACUAGAACCGAAGUGGACACCAUGGUCGGGAGGUUUGAAGUUGGUUACCACGUCAGUGAUCAGUUGCGGGUCGUGGUCACCGACCUGCCAUACGUUGGGCACGACUUCAGCAUGACCGUCCUGUUGCCCUUGGAAAACGACGGAGUGGAGCGACUCAGGAGGAACCUCACGCUUGACCUCUUUCAGAGCUUGUUUUCAGAACUGAGAGGACGCGAAGUCGACGUGUUCCUACCCAAGUUCAAACUGGACACGAAAAAUAUCCUAAACGAGCCCCUGAAGAGGUUGGGGAUCAGAAAGAUCUUCGGCGGCGGAACGGACCUUUCGGGCAUCAACGGCGACACGGACUUGGUAGUGGACGCGGUCGUGCAGAAGGCGGUUGUGGAGGUCAACGAAGAGGGCAGCGAGGCGCCGGGUGCCACCGGAGCGGGCUUGAUGCCCCUCAGCGCCGCCGUGUCCCCUCCGCCCGUCUUCAGAGUCGAUCAUCCGUUCCUCUUCUUCAUCCGCAACACGCGUACCAGGGACAUUCUCUUCGCGGGACAGGUCAACAAGCUCUAAGCACAUCGGAUGACUUUCCCAUAUAUGACGACGGAAU